AUGGCUACCGUAGAUUCAGUGUCAGUGUUCGCAGAAGGGACUUUCGAAGAACAGAUUCAAGAGCUAGCGGAUUAUGCCACUCGAAGUAGCCCAGAGGAUGAACAUGCUACUGCGUUGCAAUCUUUUCGAGAUAUCAUUAAGUUAGAAGAACCUAUUGAAAAGGAUCAGGAAAGAAGACGGAAAGCAUUAACCUUUGUGCUGGAUCAGACGAAAAGCUUGGGCGAUGGAUCAGAACAAGGUUACUUCAACCUUCUCUUCUCUCACCUUCUGACACUAUGGCCGACCAACUCACCAGAGAUCAAACAUUACGUCUCCUCGCUCCUGGGUGUUCUUGCUUCAUCACCUUCCGAGCAUUCAUCAGUGAGGUACCGCGUGUUAUCGAAUUUGUUCAAUGCUACUCCUCGUAAUUCUGCUCUCCGCCUAUCUAUUUACACCACGUUACUACAGCUCGCCGCUGCAAAUGGAGAGCUCGAGACCUUGCGUCUAUCCAGAAAAGAUAAUGGGAUAUCUCUAGGGAAAGAGCGCAGUCAUUUCCUCAAGUCCAUUGGUCAAUCCGCAGCUAUCGAUGCCAUAGCCUUAGCACUGCGCUUACCCUCCCUCUUUGACUUCGAUCCAUUGUUCAAAGUUGGACGCCGUUGUUUCAGCACAAGAUCACGAACUUUUCACCGCUUCUGCAGGUUGUUUUUGAAUAGUGGCCUACCAGAAUUUCGUUCAUGGCUCGAAAGCCAUCCAACUAACUCGACCAAGCACAGCUUGAGCAGAAGAUCCGUCUUCUGUCAUUUGCGUCACUGGGUUUUGCACACGUUCGGGCAUGACCUGCCAUAUUCAGAGGUCGCGUCGGUCCUGCAGAUUGAAUUGAGUCAAGUAGAGAAGUGGGCGAUUGAUGGUAUUGAUCGUACCGGUCUUCUUUCGGGAAAGCUCUCGCAGACUACUCAGUCUAUACGCAUCUACCGCUCGUCAGCGCGCACGCGUCUUGUUGCGUGGAAGGCGGGCCUAGCGAGCGUGCUGGAGGUUGUUACUAGUGCACAAAAGCGCGGUAACGGUUCGGCUGUGAGUGAAGUCGUGCAACAAGUCACACAAACGGGUGAGAGCGUUAAGGUUGAUGCCGCGUAG